AUGCCGCCACAACUCCGAGGCUUCGCUGCCGGGCCUGGUGUCGCCGCGCCCUACCACCAAGGCGGCUUCCCCACCCACGCACAACCCCAGGGCGGCCACCUGGGCGCCAACCAGUACCUCAACGCCAAUCAGAUCAGCCCCUUCUCCGCUGGCAACAGCAAUGCCUUUGGCGGCGCUGGCCUCAACGGCGGCGCUGCCGGGUUCGCCGACUCGGGCUUUGGCAGCCAAAGCGCACGCAUGGGCUUUGCGCAUGGCCCCGGUGCCGGCCUCCAACAGCCGCAACACGGGGGACAGGUGCAGCACAAUGUGUUGAUGGACCACACGACAAUGAGGACGCACCCUAAUAAGGGCAGGAUACGGGAGGUCUGGAAACACAACCUGCACGAGGAAAUGGCCGUGUUGCGAGACUUGGUGGACAAGUAUCCGUACAUCGCCAUGGAUACCGAAUUCCCCGGUGUUGUCUCGAGACCAAUGGGUGGCUUCCGAGGGAAGAGCGAUUACCACUACCAAUGCCUCCGCACAAACGUCGACAUGCUCAAGGUCAUCCAGAUUGGCCUGACUCUCUUCAACGAGGACGGCGAGACCCCUCCUCCCCGCCCCACAGCAAAUGACACCGACCUUGGCAUGGCCGCACGAAGGACAGCCAGCCAAGGCCCCUUCCCUUGCUCCUGGCAGUUCAACUUCAAGUUUGCUCUUAAGGACGACAUGUAUAACGAGAAGUCGAUCGAGUCUCUCCAGCAAGCCGGCAUUGACUUCAACCUCCUCGAGCGCGACGGGAUCGAUCCCCACGACUUCGCCUCCCUCCUAAUCCCCUCUGGCCUCGUGUGUUUCGAUAACGUGCGAUGGAUCUCGUUCCAUGGCGGCUACGACUUUGGUUACCUCACCAAACUUCUCAUCUGCACGCCCCUCCCUAACGACGAAGUCGACUUUGACCACAAGAUGAAGCUCUACUUCCCCACGACGUACGAUGUGAAGCACUUGAUGAAGCACGCCAUCAAGCUCCACAACUCGGGUCUUCUCACUCCCAGCGAUCCCAGUAGUGCUGAGAUCCUGCAGAAGUUCGAACACAAGUCCGGCCUGGAGAACAUCGCCGAAACACUCAAGAUCAAGCGAGUCGGCUCUGCCCACCAGGCAGGCUCCGAUUCUCUCCUUACUGGCAAAGUCUUCUUCCAGAUGCGCGACAAGAUCUUCAAUGGCGAGAUCCCUGACGAGCAUGUCGGCAAAGUCUGGGGUCUUGGCAUCCCCGAUUCUAGCCUCAUGAUGGCGUCUAUGAUGAACCAGGCCGCCGACGGCCCUAAUGGCCAAAACGGCACUCCAAGCACGCCGAACACUACCAACGCUGGCCUCGCCACUACACCAGCCGCUCAGAGCCACAACACCAAUGGCAUCGUCAACACAGGUCCCAUGACCCCUGGCGGCGGCGGCGGCGUCUUUGGCAACUUUGCCUUUGCCGGGAACAACCGAUAG